AUGGGAAAAUUACAACGGAUCUAUACCAUUGAAAAUUAUGCAUCAUCGUCAUUUGUGAUUCCGAGUAAAAUCAGACAGAGAUUGUAUGGCAUACAAUCGGAUUUGAACGUGUGUGUUCUUAAUGAAGAUAUCAUGGCUAUAUUAGAAGAAGAAGUUGAAAGAAUGUUCUUAACUGUUGACGAACUGGAGAAGGUAAUGAAUAAGUUGGAUUGCCAAAUGGCAAAGAUUGACGAUGAAAACACACCAACUCCAAUUAUGGCGACAAAUGAUAAUGAUAUCUUUUAUGAACAAGACGAUUUGAAAGAUAUUCAUCAAAAC